UUUUUUGGGGCCAAGCUCAAAGGACAAAACGGCCCAAACUGAGAUUCUGGAAUUACCAAAUUGCCACCUACCUUGUCCUUGUUGAAUCUCUACGCUACUUGGUUUUCGGUUUUCUUUUGUCAGCUUUGAGCUCCCAAAACAUUCAUUCACCGCAAACAUGGUUUGCUUGGCUUGUUUGUUGCCCCUGUUCCUCGUUCCCAUCGUCAACAUCCUCCCUCUCCUCUUCGAUUUUAUCAUGGGGAAAAUCUAUAGGCUUUUUGGUUGGGAGUAUAGGAAACCAGAGAGGGCUCCUGCAGCAUGUCCAUACAAGCCUGCAGCCAAGAGGGAUACUGCUAAAGUUGAGGCAGAUACUGAACCAGCUCAAGUAGAACCUAUUAAACCUGCAAGUGUAGAUGUCAAGCAGGAUUAACGUCCAUUGUUAUCAGUAUCAACAAUAUGUGGUUGCAAUGCUCCCAACUUUUACCAACUAGGAAAAGAUCAAAAUGACAUCAAAUACAAUGCUAUCUGUAUAAUUUAAAAUGAUGCAUGAGAACUGACUAGAAAUGUUCAAUAUGUUAUUCUGUAAUUUACAGGCGAAUAUGCUUAAAGUUAGUCACCACGACUUCAUUUCCUAAGGUUAUUAUGUUUUAUAACGUAAA